UAAUGUCUAUGAUGAAGCUAAUAGCUUAGCAUCGCUGUAUGGAUGCAGUUCAAAGGAGCCUGUUGUAUCUACUGAAUCAUGUCUAUGGCAGUUUUUUCACUCGGGAGCAAGCACCCACUUGACUAACAGAGGGCAGCCAUCUUAAGAUGCCAUUAUUACAGAGACCUUCUGUUCGGUUUGAGCUGAAAACACUGUUAGCAGUACAUGUUGGCAAUUGAAAGUCAUCUAGCUUAGUGCUAAGAUACAUUGCAAAACGCCAUGACCGGCUAACGUAAAUUAGCAAUGAUGUCGCAAAUAAUUCAACCUACAAACAAAUGCUACGAUGACACACUUAGAGCUGCCUCACAUGCAAACAGAGCCUACAAAACACAUUGACGGGCACAACAAUGAACCACAUUUUAUUGGGCUUUCGCUGUUCACUGUCGACUUACCCGGCUGGGACGAGACUGUCACACUCAACAGGAUGGCGAAGCAGAGGCCCGGAAUCAUCUGUGGAGGGCAGACGCGCAUCCUACUGCAGAACUCCGCCAUCAAGAAACCAUCACCCAGCUUCAGCCAUUGCGUCCACGAUGAAAAGCAGGUUUGGCACAGCGGCGUACAGGAAGUACAGCAGCGGUGGAGGCUACCCCAACAUCUCACUGUCUUCGCCACUGCCCGGCAUCCCCAAGCCCGUCUUUGCGUCCGUGGACGGCCAGGAAAAGUACGAAACCAGGAUCACCACGUUAGAAAAUGGCCUCAAGGUUGCCUCGCAAAACAAGUUUGGACAAUUCUGCACCGUUGGAAUUUUAGUCAACUCCGGAUCUAGACAUGAAGCAAAGUAUCCCAGUGGAAUAGCACAUUUCUUGGAAAAACUUGCUUUUUCUUCCACAGCUCAGUACGGCAGUAAAGAUGAGAUUCUGCUCACGCUGGAGAAACACGGAGGGAUUUGUGACUGCCAAACGUCCAGGGACACCACCAUGUAUGCGGUGUCUGCCGAGGUGAAGGGUCUGGACACAGUGGUGAGCCUCCUGGCCGAUGCGGUCCUGCAGCCACGCCUGCUGGAUGAGGAGAUGGAGAUGACAAGGAUGGCAAUCCGCUUCGAGCUGGAGGACCUGAACUUGCGGCCGGACCCUGAGCCAUUACUCACCGAGAUGAUUCACGCCGCGGCGUACCGAGGCAACACGGUAGGACUUCCCCGCUUCUGCCCGCCACACAACGUGGACAAAAUCGACAAGGCGGUGCUACACGGCUACCUUUCGGGCUACUACCGUCCCGAGCGCAUGGUCCUGGCCGGCGUGGGUGUGGAGCACGAGCGGCUGGUGGCGUACGCCCGCCGCUACCUUCUGGGCGUCCGGCCCGUAUGGGCCGACGUCACGCCGGUCGCCGUUGACCGCUCCGUGGCGCAGUACACGGGGGGCAUUGUCAAGAUGGAGAAGGACAUGUCGGACGUGAGCCUGGGACCCACACCCAUACCUGAACUCACGCACAUCAUGAUCGGACUGGAGACUUGCUCCUUCCUGGAGGACGACUUCAUCCCGUUGGCGGUUCUCAACAUGAUGAUGGGUGGCGGUGGCUCUUUUUCGGCGGGCGGACCUGGCAAAGGCAUGUUCACGCGCCUCUACCUCAAUGUCCUCAACAGGCAUCACUGGAUGUACAACGCCACAUCGUACCACCACAGCUACGAGGACAGCGGCCUGCUGUGCAUCCACGCCAGCGCCGACCCCCGGCAGGUUCGCGAAAUGGUAGAGAUCAUAACACGGGAAUUCAUUCAGAUGGCAGGAACGGCGGGAGAGAUGGAGUUGGAGCGUGCCAAGACGCAGCUCAAGUCCAUGCUGAUGAUGAACCUGGAAGCCCGGCCCGUCAUCUUCGAAGACGUCGGCCGCCAGGUGCUCUCCACGGGCAAAAGGAAACUGCCGCAUGAGCUCUGUGCCCUCAUAAGUGAGGUGAAGGCGGACGACAUCAAGCGAGUGACAGCCAAGAUGCUGCGCAGCAAGCCGGCUGUGGCGGCGCUGGGGGACCUGACAGAGCUGCCGUCUUACGAGCACAUCCAGGCUGCCCUCUCCAGCAAAGACGGGCGGCUGCCGCGCACCUACCGUCUCUUCCGAUAACAAUAAUAAUCAUGAUUCUGAAAAAAUGUACAUAAAUAAAACAGACACUGAACUUUCGGGGUGCGGACCAAUACCUGGAGUCAACAGUAAGUCACCUGGAACACAAGGUAGUAUUUAUUCUUUCUCUGUGCUUCACUUCGGGGCUGGCCAAAGAAUAUGAAAAAAAAAAAAAAAAAUCACAAGUGGCCACAGGGCAAUACCAAAAUCAGACUGGAUACUUUUUAACUACUUUUUAAACUUCAUUAAAUGAAUACAAAUUAAUUGAAAAUGUAAAAUACAAAGUAAAGGAGGGCCUUAACAGGGACUACUACUAAGAUUUCUGACGAAGCUAAAGCAUCCCCCUCGCCCUGCUGUCGCACCGUGCCUGUCAAUAAUCAACAUAAGCACUGACAAUUUAUCCUGACCGCUGGUGAAAAACAUGUGAAAUGUUUGAAUGAGGAACACUUUGUAGAAUGGACAUUUCAGACAAGAUGUCUUCUUUUUAUUGCUGACUGAAACGUGGACGUCAACUGUGUUAAAUAAAAGCCCACUUGACACAUU